AAGUAAACGGUUUCGCGUUUGUUGAUGCUGCUCUGAUAGUUCCUGUUGCAGAGCUGCAGCUACUUUGAGUUGGGCGGUUUCUAACCUGAAGGCUUCUGUACAGUUUCUUCUGAAUGUCCAAAUUCAAACUCUUCCUUCUCCGACAUGGGGAGGGGGCCUGGAACAAGGAGAACCGCUUCUGCAGUUGGGUUGACCAGAAACUGAGCGAGAACGGGGUGCUGGAAGCCCAAGAAUGCGGCAGGCUCCUGAAAGAGCAGGGGUACCAUUUCGACCAGGUUUUUACCUCCAUACUGAGCCGCUCCAUCCAGACGGCCUGGUUGGUGCUGGAGGCCAUGGGACAAGAGUGGGUCCCAGUCACCAAAUCCUGGAGGUUAAACGAGCGGCAUUACGGUGCCCUGAUUGGCCUCAAUCGGGCCGAGAUGGCGUUGAACCAUGGUGAGGAACAGGUUAAACUGUGGAGGCGAAGCUAUGACAUCACGCCGCCCCCCAUUGAUGAGUCACAUCCUUAUUACGCUGAAAUUUACAAUGACCGCCGAUACAGUACGUGUGACGUUCCAAAAGAGGAACUGCCCAAAACAGAAAGUCUAAAGGAAGUGUUGGACAGACUUCUUCCUUACUGGAACAAUGUCAUUGUACCAGUGAUCAAGAGUGGCCAAACGGUCCUCCUCUCUGCACAUGGCAACAGCUGCAGGGCUUUGCUUAAACAUUUGGAAGAUAUAUCAGAAACAGACAUUGUGAAUGUAACGCUGCCCACGGGAGUACCAGUCUUGCUGGAGCUGGAUGAAGAUCUUCGACCAGUCAAGCCCCGUCAGCUUCUGGGCGACCAGGCCAAAAUUCAGGCUGCCAUCAAAAAGGUGGAGGAUCAAGGGAAGGCUAAUUCACAAAAUAAAUAAGGAUUUUAUUGGUGAAAAUGCCAGAAUUAUUCAGAUAGGAACUGUUCAAAAAGAAAGAUUAUUAGUCACUCAGUAGCUGCAGUCAUGAGGCACCUGGUAAAGAUAGUUUGGUCACAUUCUGUAGGGUGUGUCUGAGGUAGACUGGUUUAGUGGUAUUUUAGGAAUCAUGAAGAGUUAUACAAGUCAAUAUUUUGAAGCACUGCUUACUGUUCCAAAAUGCACACUUGGUACAUAUAUUUUGUCAGAGCAAGAGGUCUGUAGACCAAAUAAUGAAGUAGAUAUUGAUAUAAUAUUAUUUAAAAUGAUUAUUUAAUAAUGUGUUAGUUUUUGUUAGCUCUUGCUUAUUUGUCCAAUGGAUUUGUGGCCACGCAAAACCAGUGGUGCCUUCCUUUGGGCAAAAAAUGUGAUCCAUCAGUUGUGUUCUAAUAGAAUUUUGUAUUAAAGGUCAACAUAUUCUUUUAACCAUUUCUGUAUUUAAAAAUGGUAUACUGUACAAGAGUUUAGGGUCAGUAAUAAGUCACUUAAGCUCACCAAGGCUGCAUUUAUUUGAUCAAAAAUACAAUAAUAAUGUUUUAAUAUAUUUUAAACUGAAAUUUCUGUCAGAUGACUCUGAAAUCAUUCUAAUAAUCUGAUUUGUUACUUAAACAUUUAUUAUUAUUAUCAAUGUUGAAAGCAGUUGUACUGCUUAACAUUUUUGUGAAAAUCAUGAUGCAUUUUUUCUUUGAUGAAUAGAAAGUUUAAAAGAACAGCAUUUAUUUGAAGUUUUUGAGUUUUUUUGUAACAACGUAAAAGUCUUUACUGUCACUUUUGAUCAAUUUAAUGCAGUCUUGCUGAAAAAAUAAUUUCUUCAAAAAAAAAAAAAAUCUUACUGACCUUGAACUUCUGAACUGUAGUGUAUAUACAGUCAUGGCCAAAAAUAUCGGCACCCUUGAUAAAUAUGAUCAAAGAAGGCUGUGAAAAUUAAUCUGCAUUGUUAAUCCUUUUGAUCAUUUAUUUUAAAAAAAAAUCACAAAAAUGUAACCUUUCAUUGGAUAAUAAGAAUUUAAAAUGGGGGGAAAUAUCAUUAUGAAAUAUAUGUUUUUCUCUAAUACACAUUAGCCACAAUGCAGAUUAAUUUUCACAGCCUUCUUUGAUCAUAUUUACCAAGGGUGCCGAUAUUUUUGGCCAUGAUUUUAGAUAAACCCAAUUGGAAUGGAAUCAUUCCAAAAAUUUUAUAAAAAAAAUAUAAUAGUAAAAACAAGAAUAUUAUUCACUCCACUGUCUGGACUUCCAAGACAGAUUAAAUCUAAUCUUAUUGAAUUCAUAUUUAUAUUCAGGUUUAUUAAGUUUACUGUUUAAAAUUCAAAUUAGAGACUUCAUUGGAUGUCUGAAGCAUAAUUAUAAAUUAUUUAAAAUAUUUUAUGUUAAAUAGCACUGUUAGCAUACUUUAGACUGUAUUUUAAAACUUUUUUUUUGAAAGGGACAUUUUGUUUUUAUCUAACAUAUUUAUUAACAGAGAUAUUAAGAUAAUAUGUGUUAAGACUAAGUUAUGAGUUUACUAUACACUGCCAAACGCAACCCACAAACUAGCUCUUUUGUAUCUCAUUCAUUUCUCCACCAACGUUUACCAAUUUAAAUGCAAAGACAAACCAGUCUUACUGGUGAGUAAAACCUAGACAUAGCUGUGGUUUCGAAUGUCUGUGCACUGUAAUACCUCUGUUUGUUUUUGUGUAUUUAAUGUUGCUCAACACUGUACUGUAUCUGUAGAGAAAUGUUACAUGUAUGUGUGUUGUUUUUGUUAUAAUGGCCAUAGUGGCUUUCACUGUUACAUGUCUAUAUGUUUGAGCCCUGUUAUGGCACAUUAUAGCUAACCUGAUGUGGCUUUACUUUCUUUCCCACCACCCAGAAGCACUGGUCUGCUGGGUUUAGCACAUCCCUGAAGCAUUAUCCUGAAAGAAUAAUAUAUACAAAUAAAGAUUACAGAUAUA